GGUAGAGCAUAAUUUUCUGCUUCUAGACCUGGCAGCUAGGAUCCCAGCACCCAGACUUGACUAAUAACUGGUCUCAGCAGCACCAAGCGCACUUCCCAACCCUUCUUCACUCCCGCAGCACUGCUUCCCCCCAACCUAGAAGAUGGUCAAGGAGGAGCUCGAGAUGGCCGUGCUGGGGGCGCCCGUCAGCACUGCGCCCCACAGUUCGGCGCCCAUGACGUCCACCGUGAUCAGCAUCCACAGCGAGACCUCCGUGCCGGACCAUGUCGUCUGGUCCCUCUUCAACACGAUCUUCCUGAACUGCUGCUGCUGCCUGGGGUUUGCGGCGUUGGCCUACUCCGUGAAGUCUAGGGACCGGAAGAUGGUGGGUGACCUGAUGGGGGCCCAGAGCUACGCCUCCACCGCCAAGUACCUGAACAUCUUCACCCUGGUCUUCAGCCUCCUGCUGAUCAUCGUGUUCAUCAUUCUUGUAGCCCCUGCCGCAAUGAUGGGCCUCCAGGCCUUUUCACAGAUGCUGAAGGACUAUGCGGGCUACUAG